UUAUUAUGACCAGUUGGCCACACUGUCCCUCGUUCAAUUUCGCUUUGUUUACAUCUGGUGAUUAUAUUAUAGUUUAUUGUUUUACCGAUUUUUUUUUUUUAGUGGCCGCAACAACAGCUCCCUGUGAUGCACCUGUCACACGGCCAACUGAAAGUGGUGCUCAUUUUGGCCCUGCUGCAGGAGCUGCAGGUGAAGCCGCAGCGAGAGGUGUUCCAGGAACUUUUCGAGAAGGAUCUGCGCUUGUGUCCAGACUGUUUCGUUGGACAGAGUGAGCCGUGCGGGGAAAUCUUCCAGAAAAUUGCAGAGCCCUCGGAUUGGAGUAGACUUGUGAAAGCCAUUUCGUUGCUCGUUGAUCGCCGAGCGAUUUACUUUCUAAGGCUAAAAGACCGGGAUCAGGAAGUCCAGCUGGUGGCCAAAAGAAAAAUCAUUGAUGCACAGAGUAAUCAGAUAAAAAAUGUGAAAAAAGAUUUCUAUGAACUAGAGGAGCGACCUGGUGGUUUUCAUCUCUGCCGAACUCUGGCAAGGGAACCCCGCUUUGUUUCGUACUUGGAGCAGCGUGGACAUGCUGCCGCCAGUGUGUGGUUCUACAUGAUGUACUACGUUAGUCCGCUGCUUAUGCAGGAACUGCAUCUGCAGGGAUUUCCAGUGCCUACCACCUACGCCUCCUGCGGACUAACACAUUUUCAAUCCAAUGCAGGACGUACUUUAGCUCAUUACGUCGAUGCUGAAGAAGGUUUGCGUGUGGAGCUGGCUCUCCAGUUGAUCCAGCUCUCCCUCAAGCUGACUUUUGGAUUCGCGGACUUUCGCAUUAUCUUAACCGAUUUCACGGCCGAUAAUUUGGCUUACGACGAAGACACCAAGAAGGUGUACCUCAUUGAUUUGGACUCCGUGGUCCUGGUGGACGCUUCGUUCGCAGCAGGACAUGCCGAAAAGUACGAGCCGCUGACCGGCGAGGGAUUCACAUUUGAUGUCUCUGCAUUCUGCUCCGGCCAUCAGCUGGAUGCCAAUAUCUACCAGGCGUGCCUUUUGCUAAGGGAUUACUUGCUUAAGAAUUUGGACAACGAAAAGCUGCAGCUGCUCCUGGAGCAGUGUGUAGCAUGCCAAGAUGACUUCUGUGAUAUGCGUUUCCAACAUGCUUACGACCUAAUAAAAGUGCUGGAAAGCAAUAAUUAAAGCCAAUCGUUGGAGAUCCACU